CACAGAAUAAAACCCAGAUUAAACCAUGCAUUGAAAAAAAAGGUUUGAAACAAGCUUAAAAUGAAAGUACUGUUUCUCUGUGCAUUUGCCAACUGUAUGUUUCCUGUUAUGACCGAAGCUAUGGAAAUAUGCAGGCCUGCUGAAGAAACUAAAGUCUACAGUUUUGGUUUUGUAAUGUUUCCAAGCAUGUUUGGCCUGUCUGAAUUUCAAAUAAUGAAAAAUAAACUGGUGAUGUCCAUUGGCGAUGAGGACUUACAGUUCAUAGACUACUUCAAGACCUCUGCGAAAACAGAUGUGUUCAGAGAAAGUGACGGAAACGUGUCUGUCAAACUCACAAUUAAGAGUGUCACGCGGCGCGAUCAAGGAAUGUGGAGCACCAGAUAUUUGCAUAAUGGUAGAUCACUCUAUUCUCCCGAGCUCAGUUGUUACCUGAAAACAUUUGUAAAACCACAAGACAUCUUGUGUCAUAGUAAAGUCAAUGGUGGAAGAUUUGACAUUAAUUGCAGCACCAACAAAGUAUUCCCAGAAGCUGCAUGUGUAGCUCAGUUUUCAAAGGAUAUAGGCAAUCGUCUAGCAAGCAUAGACCACACACACGAAAUCUUUGUGGAAGGUACAAGCUCAUAUUUUCGGACAGCUUGUCAUGUAUCUAUUGACAUUUCGAAUACAUCUCUAAACGACGUGCAUGUUAACAUCACAAUGUACCCUAACGUCACUAAUACUUUGCAGGACUUGAACUUUGGAGAGGUGAAAUCAAUGUUCUACAAACUGAUAAGUGCAGACUAUCAUCUUAUAAAUGACUAUAUAGAGCUGAAAAAAAAAUCGACGUAUAUGACUAAUGUCUCUUCUGUAAACGAGGCGGAACACAUGAAGGUGAACAGGGGCCCUUUAGAGAGCUCUAAGACGUACAAUAUAUAUUACUUAAUAACAGAUACCCCACCUGAUCAAACACCAUCUGAAUCAUUAGCUUUAGUAAAGGAGAAUACAGUCAUUGUGAUCGCCUUUAUUUGCCUUAUAGUUGUUUUAUUAGGUUUCAUUGUGCAUAAACUUGUUAUCUGUAAAAAAUUAAGGAAACACCAGAAUGACAAAGAAAACCACUUCUACGAAGUAAUCGACAGCAUACAAUGAGACAACUUGAUAUAAAUUAUAUAAUAUAUAGGCUAGCAUAGUGUUAACUUAAAAAUAUUUCUUUUCUCUGAUCAUGUAUAUUUUUAUAAUUGCUUAGACGUCGAUGUAUGUCUUUCCAUGCCUUUUUGCGAAAUUAUUUUUCCUUUUCUUGAUUUUAUAUCUUUGUUUUAGUUUGUAUUACUAGGGACGACAAUUCUCAUUUGAAUCAAUCAUAUCAUUAUCAAGUGUAUAAUUAUUUUUUUACACUGAACAUAACGUAACGUUUUCAUCUUCUUUUUCCAUGUGUUUAAAUCUAGAUUAUUUCUAAAUAAUUUUUCGGGAUGCAAUCAUCUUGAAAUAUCUAAUCAAUUAACAAUAUAUAAUAUUUUAAAAAUUCCUAAGUUGUAAUGACAUGGCUUUUGUUAGAAUUUUUUUUUAAUACAUCAAGGAACUUCACUAAUCUGCAAUAGUAAUAAUUAAUAAUGACACCACCUUCAUAAUCAUCAUGUCUGAGAACCUUAACAUUUUCUUCGUUUGUAUUGCUUGUUUUUGGUUAUGAAAUUUCUAUGUAAAAACCGA